CGCACACCCGCCUCCGUGCAGAGGGUGUCCCGCAGAGUUGGCGGCCCCGGGGUGCGGGCGACAUGGUGCGCGGCAGGAUCUGUCGGCUCUCGGUCCGCGACGUGCGCUUCCCCACGUCGCUCGGGGGCCACGGCUCGGACGCUAUGCACACAGACCCUGACUACUCAGCUGCCUACGUUGUCUUGGAGACGGAUGCGGAAGAUGGACUCAAGGGCUACGGAAUCACCUUCACUCUGGGGAAAGGCACUGAAGUUGUUGUCUGUGCUGUGAAUGCCCUGGCCCCCCACCUGCUUAACAAGGACCUCGGGGACAUUGUUGGUGAUUUCAGAGGCUUCUACAGACAGCUCACGAGCGACGGGCAGCUCAGAUGGAUCGGUCCCGAGAAGGGUGUGGUGCAUCUGGCCACGGCGGCCGUUCUCAAUGCCGUGUGGGACCUGUGGGCCAAGCAGGAGGGAAAGCCUCUGUGGAAGUUACUUGUUGACAUGGACCCCAGGAAGCUGGUAUCCUGCCUAGAUUUUAGGUACAUCACCGACGUCCUGACAGAGGAGGAAGCCUAUGAAAUCCUGCGGAAAGGUCAAGUUGGGAAAAAAGAGCGAGAAGAGCAAAUGCUGGCGCAUGGCUACCCCGCCUACACCACGUCGUGCGCCUGGCUGGGCUACUCGGACGCCACGCUGAAGCAGCUCUGCAGCAAGGCGCUGGAGGACGGCUGGACCAGGUUUAAGGUAAAAGUUGGUGCUGAUCUCCAGGAUGACAUCCGUAGAUGCCGACUCAUCAGAAACAUGAUCGGCCCUGAGAAGACGCUGAUGAUGGACGCCAACCAGCGCUGGGACGUGCCCGAGGCCGUGGAGUGGACGGCGAAGCUGGCGGAGUUCAAGCCCCUGUGGAUUGAGGAGCCCACCUCCCCUGAUGACAUUCUGGGGCAUGCCACCAUUUCCAAGGCACUGGUCCCCCUGGGAAUUGGCGUCGCCACCGGAGAACAGUGCCACAACAGAGUGAUAUUUAAGCAACUCCUACAGGCAAAAGCCCUGCAGUUUCUCCAGAUCGACAGCUGCAGGCUGGGGAGUGUCAACGAGAAUCUCUCAGUGCUGCUGAUGGCCAAAAAGUUUGACAUUCCUGUGUGCCCGCAUGCUGGUGGAGUUGGCCUCUGUGAACUGGUGCAGCACCUGAUUAUAUUUGACUUCAUAUCAGUCUCUGCAAGCCUCAAAGACAGGAUGUGUGAAUACGUCGACCACCUGCACGAGCACUUCAAGUACCCCGUGAUAAUCAAGAAGGCUUCCUACAUGCCUCCUAAGGAUGCUGGUUAUUCAACAGAAAUGAAGGAGGAAUCUGUAGAGAAACACCAGUAUCCAGAUGGUGAAGUUUGGGAGAAGCUCCUUGCUGCUCAAGGGAAUUAGAGCUGAAUGCUUAACAGCUUUUGCUUUAAGUGAAAAGGCUUAUUAAAAUUUCUUGGGUAUGGUUUUACAAAAAUAGAAAAAAAAAAUUCAUCCUACCAAUCAGAACAAGUUCAGCUGAAAGUCAUACUAACCUCAGGCAUCAGCUUAGUCAUCAUUACUUGAUUUUUUUAGCAAAAAACACAUUCUCCUAUAUAAUCUUUAAACAAAAGUAGAUCCAACUGUCUCAAAGUCCAGGAAGAUGUUAAAUCUUAAAAUUUCUAUCAUGUGCUGGUACCUAGACA